AUGGAGAGAGGCCUGAUUUUAUCACCAGGUUUUCCAAACAACUAUUACCCAGGGACACACUGUGUUUGGCAGUUUUUCAUUCCCAUGAGAACCCACCUCAUUUUGGAAAUUUUUGACUUUGACAUUUUUGAGAGCUCUAGUGAAACUCCAACUCCCUGGGAUGACUUUUCAGCCCCUGCUACAACAGGAAAUAAUGACAUACCUUCUCUUGAGGAAAACCUAGACUUUGCUCUCCAUACUACAAAACCCUCUCUCCGGACCUGGAUGUCAAAGGUGGCUCAGAAUCUGAGCAGCACUAGAGAUCAGUCAAAGGACCUUGCUGGUCGCCUGGAUGAACUUCCAGGAACCACCUCAAAAAAAGACGAAGCCAAACAAGCAUCUGAAGAAAACCAGUCAAAGCAGAUGAAGGAACCCAAAGCGAUUACCAAGGCUCAACCAGAGCAACUGCCAUUCCCUGUGACUGGUAGUGCUACAAUGCAGAGGCAAAAUACCAGUGGCCUGGAAACAGAAGAUUUGGAAGGGAAAAUCUUGCUUGCCCACCUAGCUGCUAGUGAGAGAGAUGAAGUUACAGUAGAGAGCUGGACUCUUCCCUCAACACCAUUGCCCAUGGAAAUAUCCUCCAGCCCUCAGUCAGCAGUGGAUGUCUGUCCCCAUGAUGUACUAUAUGUUUCUGAUCUCAUCACAUUUUCCUCUCGCUUCUGUGGGCCAAAUUCACCUUUAAACAAGACCAUGGUCUUUGGUUCCUCUCUGGAAAUGGUUGAGGUUAUCAUGGAACUGAUCACCACCACAGAUCGGGGACGAGGCUUUGCAAUGCUCUUCGAGUACAAGAAUAUCACAGAACCCAACACUGUAGAUGCUGUGAGGCAGGAGAGGAAGGAAAGCCUGAUGAUGCUGGCAAUUACAACAGGGAUCAUUGUUUUUGCACUUGCUUUGCUCUCUGCCCUUUGCAUAGCUUGCAGGCAGAGAACGUGCCCCAAAAGGAGCUCAUCCAACGCAUGCAGUGACCAGGAGAACAGGAUCCAGAACUCCACUGUCGAUAUCAAUGAGCUCCAGCUGGUGGUGCCAAGUCGAGAGAAUGAAAACAACAACCACUCUGUCAGCCGGGAGCAGGCGGUCACUUCCUGCAGAGGCAGCACGGAACGGUCUCCUCAGGACACUGACCCAGAUGUGCCCUCCUCCAUAUCUGCAGUGACCACCGAGACUGGGAGUGAUGAAGUGUUUAUCAUUUCUGCUGGACCUGGGGCCAGUGGGCUGAGCUUUACCACCUACAGAAUACAGGACAAAAACCUAAAAAGAAGUGUCACAAGCCCAGCCUCUGUGUCUGACUGGCUGACCUCUAACCCCAUGGCUGCAGGAGCAGAUGCUGUUGAGAAGGGGAAUGUGCAGCUGGAAAAUCACUGUCCCAGACAGCGCACAUGGAGCGCUCGCACCUUCCACGACUUCCUGGCUCCAAUACCACAGCUACAGAAAAGAUGGUGCAGCUGGACCACCAACAGCCCCUUCACAAAACUGGUUGACAACAGUGGGUUUUCUACAGCUUCAAGACCUCAAGGUGUCCCAACCAGAAAGGUAAUCUCAGCCACUGAGAUAGAGGGAGCAUCAGAGACCAUUUACUCUGAUUCAUCUGCCAGUAAUGCCUCAUACCCCCUCACUCUGUCUGCACAAAGGCAGCGGAAGCUAACCUCCUGCAAUUUGAAGAAAUCCAGAUUUGGGAACCCUUAUUUUGGAUUUUUAGCCAGUUCCCCUGACAGCAAACAUGUGAGGUCCUUGGAUCCCUCAAGACAUCUAGGGGCAGCAUCUCCUGUAAAGAGCCAAAGCCCCAAAAAUCUUCUAGAGACCUCCAACCCACUGAAAAUCAACUUGGUCAACGGUUCAAAAACAAAGGAGCUUAUGGUAGAAACAGAUAAAAACAAACCUGUUUUUAUUAUCUCUGAAGAAGGGGAUGAUCAGCAGCCUCUGGUACUAGCAGAACAUCUUAGUCAAUUUGGAGAUCAUCUGUCCGAGCAAAAUGCUGUGUACACUCCGGCCGUGCCAGAGAAACAGCCAGUGGUUCUGACUGUUGAGGGGAGCAGUUCUACCACCUUCACAUCGAGUCUUCCCCUUUGGGCAAAAUCCCCUCCUUUGUACAAAGGUCACGUGAAGGCCCCCAGCUCUAACAGGGACCUGCAGAGCUCGGCAGGUGUAGAUGCCAAUACUACUGAGACCUCAAAGAACUGUGACACCCCAGCUGCUCCUACACUAUGCCAAGCUUCAGUCCAGUGA